AUGACCUUUAAUCAAAUCAAAUUCUUAUUAUUUACUUUUCUUUACAUAAUCACAAAGAUAAGUACUACCUUCGGCCAAGCAACUUCUGCUGCCGUUCAAGCAUCCCCUAAUAUCGUUCAAGCAUCCCCUAGUAUCGGUCAAACGACUCCUAGUGCUAUCGUUCAAGUGACUCCCAGUAAAUCAAGUACUACUCCUAGUCCAAUUGCUACAGGUGACAUUAGCACAUGCACUACUUGUGAUAAAGUAAAAGUUGCUUGUGGCUCAAAGUUUAGUCUUCCUCGAGUAUACUCUCAAGGCACUUAUAUCGCUACAGAUAAAUGCUAUUGUAGUAAUGAUGUGUAUAGUAAUUUGUCUCAAUGUUUGAUCUGCUGUAAUAGUGUAAAUGUGGGAAAUAGCUCUUUGGAUAGUAUUGACCAUUGGAAAGAUAGCAUUAUGAUUAUCGUCAGAAGAUAUCGCAAAACGAGAAAAAUUGGUGACUUUCCUAAUAUAUCUAAGCCCACAAAAACAAAAUCACUAGAUCUAUUUGACAAUUACAAUCGUGAAUCAAGAUAUUCUAAUCGUAGUGUUAAUAAAUCCAAAGAAAAUGAUAUAAACCAAAAUGACGUCGGUAUGAUCGAUAUGGUCGAUAUCAACUUAAAUGAUCAACAACAACAACCGACUUCUAACUCUAAUCAUACUAACAACGAGGUUCCCCAAGAAAUUCCCCAAGAAAUUCCCCAAGAAUUUGUUCAAGGAUUUAUUCAUUUCGAUGAUAAUGAUGGUAACGAUAAUGACUACCUUCACGAUGAUCAUGAAUCUAUUGGACAAGCGAUAAUCCCUAUGGCCGUAGUCCCUGAAAUGAUUAACAUAAUCCCUGAAGUUCAUAUACUUGAUGAAGCUUCCAAUAUCAAUUUUAAUAAUAACUUCAAUGAUAACUUCAGUGAUAACUUCAAUGGCAAUCAAUAUUAUUACUCUAGUGAACAACAUCCAAAUCCAUAUCCACAUCCAUAUGUGUAA